UUUGGCUUUGCUUUUUUUUUUGGAACAAAGUAAAUGCUCCUUGCAAAAUGUUCCUGACCUGCGAAGGGACCUUCGGAAUUGUUCCAGCCACCAUGGAUUACAAUGGGGAAGCCAGGCCGGGGGAUUUUCAUGCUGGCUAUCAAGAAAUCGAAGGGAUAAACUUGGGAUACUUACAGAUCAACGGCACCCAGAUGUUUGCUUUGGCCCAGGUCCUCAGCGACCUGUUUAAGGAUAUCCCCAGGACCACCAUCAGCAAAAAGAUGGAAACCUUAAAGAUCAAGAGCCGACGCUGCGAUCUCAAAGAGCUCCGGACCCUCAAAGCCAUCAACUCGGUGCCCACCCGCGCGGUGAAAUGCUCCCUCAUCUCCAAAGCAGACCUGGAGGCUCUCUGCACCUCCUGCAAGAGCCUCAGCCCCCGCAGGAGGAAGAGGAAAAGGAAAAGCAAGAGGAGGGAGCAGCUGCUGCUGCCGGACCCGGGGGGGCUCUUCCCCUGCCCCCGGCCCCCGCUGCUGCCGCCCUGCCGAGCCGGCGGCUGCUGCUCCCCCGCGGCCCCCGCCCGCCCCAAGCCGCGCUCGGCACCGGCCGCUCUGCUGCCGCAGCCCUUCCACAGGGCCUUCUCCCCCUUCCAGAAGCCCCCCCGGGGCAGGAAGGCUUGCGAGCUGGAGGCUCGAGGGGAGUUUUUCGCCGGGGUCCUGGCCGGGUAUCACCCCCGCGACCUGGCGCUCCUGCAUCCCGCGGCCGCGCAUCCCGCCGCGCAUCCCGCCUCGCUCGCCCAGCCCGGGCGGCGCAAGAGGGGUCCCUGCUGUGCCAAGGGGCUCUUCCCGGUGGAGAAAGGACCCGUGCCUCCCAGGAAAAGCCGUUCCUCCGGUUUUCCCUGUUCCAAGCGGCAGGGCACCUCCGCCGGCUACUCCAGCGACUCGGAUUCCAGCCUGGACUUCGGCGGGUCCAGCCCUGCCACCUCCAGCGACUCGUCGGAGGAGGAGGAGGAGGAAGAGGAGGAGGAGGAGGAAGGGGACAGCUCGUGUAGCAGCGAGGAAGGCAGCUCCUCGGAGUCGGAGAGCAGCUCGCUGUGCAGCGGGGACUCGGUGCAGAGCACCCGGUACAGGCAGGCGGCUCUGCCCCGCUUCCAGCCGCAGCCCCCCCGGGACCCCCUCGGCGAGGAGCGCCCCUCCGAGCCCCCCCCGAGCUUGGGCAAAGCCCUGCGCCCCGACCCCAACCUCCUCUUCCUCUCGCAGCACCUCUGGGCCAGGACUUUGCGAGCAUCAACUUUGGAAAGUUUGAGCUCGGCUCCAUCCUUAGGCUCGGGGGCUCCGGAGCUGCCGGAGCUGUACGCAAAGCAGGAGGCCUCCCCUUCCUCCUCCUCCUCCUCCUCCUCCUGCUCUCCCCCUCCCUCCCCGAGCAGCACCCCUGGGGGGGAACCUCCACAAAAGCAGGGAGGCUUUGGGGACGCGGAGCCCUGCGCCAAAGGGAAGGAUUUGCACAAAGAUGCACCGAACAAUAGAGUCUCGUUAGGCCCCAGUGACCAAGCGGAGAGGCAAAACGGAGCUUUUACCGGCCGAGGGCCUUCCCAAGAGCCGGCCCCGGGCUCAGCCCCGCAAGUCCCGGCUCAGGAGCUGGCGGGGAGCCCGAGCCCCGCUCCCCCCGGGGAGGAGGAGGAGGAGGAGGAGGAGGAGGAGGAGGGGGAGCCCCGGCGGGAGCACUUUGACCGGCUGAUCCGGCAAUCCAAGCUGUGGUGUUACGCCAAAGGGUUCAACCUGGAUGGGAAAAGUUUGCGCCACGGAGGGAGGACGGAGCCCUGUAAAGCUGCAGAGCUCAAACCCUCCGGCUCCAAAAGAGCAGAGAGCCCCAGCACCUUGUCAAACAAAGCUUUGAAAGGCAAUGGCUCGGAAAGGAAUGCCAAGCGCAGACGCCUUGCCAGAGGCGCUGAGGCAGAAAGGCAACAGAGCUCCUCUAAAGGGAGGCCACAAAAGACUCAAAGGAGGAAUGCCAAAAAGGGAAACACUCAUUGCAAACGCCUCGGCAGCGCCGGGCCAACCCCGCCUCGGAAUUCCUUCAGCCUCAUGGGCAACUUCCCCUGUAUUCCCUCCCUGGUCGUGGGGGAAGAUGGGGAUCUGUGUCCUGCCUCCUCCCUGGGGGUCAAAAACUCCUGGGCUCUUUCCAAAACUCACCCUCUGUGGAGCUGGCACCUGGGGGGCAACGCUAUCCCCGUGCCCCCCAGCCUCAAAUUCCGGGGUUAUAGCUUGGAAGAUCUCUAAGGACAGCGGACAGCCCGGAGGAAAGGUUUACACGCAACAGAUGA